AUGGUGUCCAGCUGGCUGUUGAUGUGCUGGGCGAGGCUCUUUUACCUGGCGAUCGUGUUCUUCCUGACCGUGGGGCUGCUGAAGGCCAUCAAGCUCUACCUGCGGAGGCUGCAGCUGCAGCGAGAUCUGCGCGACUUCUCCGGGCCAUCCCCUCACUGGUUAACCGGGAACCAGCAGAUGUUUCAUGAAGAUAAUUUGGAAGUAACUGAGGAGCUUGUCAAAAAAUACCCUUGUGCCUUUCUUGCCUGGAUCGGGCCCUUUGAGACAUUUGUCUAUAUCUAUGACCCGGACUAUGUAAAGACAAUUCUGAACCAAACAGAUCCCAAGUCCAGGUUCUUGUACAAGUUCUUGAUUCCACUAAUCGGAAAAGGACUACUGAAUCUAAACGGAUCCAAGUGGUUCCAGCACCGGCGCAUAAUAACUCCUCUAUUCCAUUUUAACACCCUGAAAGCCUACGUCAGCAUAAUGGCCCAGUCUGUGAACAUAAUGCUGGAUAAAUGGGAGGAGAUUUGCGGCACUCAGGAUACCAGUAUGGAGGUCUUUGAGGACAUCAGCUUGAUGUGCCUGGACACACUCAUGAAAUGUACUUUCAGCCAGGAGACCAACUGCCAGAGAAGUAGAGCCCAUCAUUUUUAUGUUAAAGGGCUAACUGAAGCCGGCGAAAUCAUCUUUAAUCGCCUAUACCAUUUCCUUUAUCACUAUGACAUAAUUUUCAAGUUCAGCCCUGAGAACCAGCGCUUACAGAAGCUAGUUGGCUUAACACGGAAGUACACAGAGGAGAUAAUCCAAAAGAGAAGGAAAGCCAUCAAGGAUGACAAGGAACAUGGUAAAACUGAGAAGAGGAAGUACCGGGAUUUUCUGGAUAUUCUCCUUUCUUCCCAGGCUGAAAAUGGCAACAGCUUCUCAGAUACUGACCUGUUUUCCGAGGUGAACACAUUCAUGGUGGCAGGGCAAGACACUAUCGGAGGGAGCCUUUCCUGGCUCCUCUACCACUUGGCUCAGAACCCUGAGCAUCAGGAGAAAUGCCGGGAGGAGAUCAGGGGCAUCGUGGGGGACGGGUCUUCCAUCACCUGGGACCAGCUGGGUGAGAUGUCUUACACCAAAAUGUGUAUCAAGGAGUCUCUCCGAUUGUUCCCUACGGUCCAGGCCAUUUCCAAAGAACUCAGCAAGCGCACUACCUUCCCAGAUGGACGCUCCUUGCCUGCAGGCACAACCGUAGUUGUCAGUAUUUGGGGUCUUCACCGCAACCCUGCUGUCUGGGAAAACCCCAAGGUCUUUGACCCCUUGAGGUUCUCUCCGGAGAAUUUUAAUAAGAAACACACCUACUCCUACAUACCAUUCUCAGCUGGACCAAGGAACUGCAUCGGGCAGCACUUUGCCAUGACUGAACUGAAGGUGGCCAUUGCCCUGAUUCUGCUCCGCUUCAAGAUUAGUCUAGACCCCACCAAGCCUCUUUCCCUUGUACCCAAGGUUCUCCUCAAACCCAAGAAUGGGUUCUACUUGUCUCUGAAAAAAAUUUCCUAA